AUGAAACGAGCCAGCGAUAAUCCGGAGACAGUCGUGCCUCGUAAAUUUAUCAAACAAAAUCGUGAAGAGCUGGAGUCUGCAGAUACUGCAGCUCUCAUUGAAAAGAUCCUCUCGCUCACCGAUCAGUUGAACGAAGCCAACGAAAUGGUGAGAACUCUGAAGACACGUGUUGCUCUUUCCCGCCUACAAGUGCUGCAGAAGGAUAAAGAGCUUAAAGACCUCCUCAAAGAACGCAAUGACGCCUACUAUAGUGGUGUAGGAACGAAUCCAGCAGAGAGAGAUCAGCUUCUGGAUCCAUUUUUCUACGAGACGUUCAUAGCAAUGAAGGAGAAGAUCGCAAGGAGGGAAAAAGAAAUCACUGAGCUAAGGGAAACGGUGAAAGCGUUGGAAGGCGGUAAAGAUUGCAAGAUCCUGUACCAGUUUCUUGAGUCAAAGAACCAUGUUAUGAAAAAGAUGCGCGAACAUGAGAAGAAUAUUCGGAAAAUAUCUACUUUACAAAACAGACUUGCACUUGCACACAAUGCUCUUAAUGUGGUUAGGAAAGAAAAGAAGGACUACGCUAAAGAAAUUUCCGAGCGUGACGCAAAAAUCGCCGAACUAGAGAAGGAUCUUUGUCAGUACCGUCAGUCGGUCUUUGAAGAAGUUGCUUCUGAACAUACUGAAUUGGACCAGGAAGAAGAUCCGAAACCAGAUAUCGCCAGCGAAAAGCAGGAGACAAAGAUGGAAGAAGAGGAAAAGUUGACGGUUGACUUGGUAGAAGACGACAGCGAUGUUGUCAUUUUGGACGAUAAGAACGAUGGAGUCCAUGUGGAUAUGUCUGCGCUGCAUCAGGACUGCGGUGGUGCUAAAGAAACUGUGGAUUCUGUGAGUCGUUCUCCCGGUGACAAUCGUAAGGUAUCAAUGGACGAGAAUGGCGUCCUGAAGAUCACUGUCUAA